UCAGAGAAAGAGAAACUUAAACUAGGUUGAGCUGCUGUGUGUUUGCGACUCUAUAUUCAUGCCGUAAAAUGGCAGAAGCCAGAAUUUUUCAGGAUGAGUUCUUGUGUCCAGUGUGUCAGGAUCUCCUGAAGGAUCCAGUGACCAUCCAGUGUGGACACAGUUACUGUAGGAGCUGUAUUACAGGCUGCUGGGAUCAGGAGGAUCAGAAUCAGGAGGAUCAGAAGAGAGUCUACAGCUGUCCUCAGUGCAGACAGACCAUCAGUCCAAGGCCUGAUUUAGCUAGAAACACCAUGCUGGCUGAAGUGGUGGAAAAACUGAAGAAGAGGAAACGUCCUGCUGACUGUGACGCUGGAGCUGAAGAUGUGCAUUGUGAUGUCUGUACUUUAAGAAAAUCCAAAGCCAUCAAGUCCUGUCUGAUGUGUCUGAACUCUUACUGUCAGAAUCAUCUUGAACAACACGAGAGUUGGUUUAAAGGAAAGAGACACAGUUUAACUAAUGCCACUGGACAACUGCAGGAGAUGAUCUGUCAGAAACAUGAGAAGCUCCUUGAGGUUUUCUGCCGCACUGAUCAGAAAUGUAUAUGUAUGCUGUGUACGAUAGAUGGACAUAAAAACCAUGACACUGUAUCCGCUGCAGCACAGAGGACAGAGAAUCAGCACCAGCUGAAUGAGACACACAAGACGUUCCAGCAGAGAAUCCAGCAGAGAGAGAAAGAUCUCCAGCAGCUGAGAGAGACUGUGGAGUCUCAGAAGCGCUCUGCACAGACAGCAGUGGAGGACAGUGAGAAGAUCUUUACUGAGCUCAUCCGCUCAUCCAUUGAGAAAAGCUGCUCUGAGCUGAUACGACUGAUCAGAGAUCAGGAAAAGACUACAGUGAGUCGAGCUGAAGAACGACUGGAGCGACUGGAUCAGGAGAUCAAUGAUCUGAGGAGGAGAGAUGCUGAGCUGGAGCAGCUUUCACACACACAGGAUCACAUCCAGUUCCUGCAGAGUUUCCAGUCUCUCUCAGCACCUCCUGAAUCUACAGAUGUAAAUGAUGAUCUCUUCAGUUCUCUCUUCUCUUCUGAUGAUCUGAGAGAAUCUGUGCAUCAGCUGAGAGACAAACUGGAGGAUUUCUGCAAAGAGCAACUCAAGAAGAUCUCAGACAGAGUCACAUUCACCAACAUUGUUCCCAGAACCAGGAACGACUUCCUACAAUAUUCCCAUCAGCUCUCUCUGGAUCUGAACACAGCACAUAAAUACCUCCGUCUGUCUGAGAACAACAGAGUGAUUACUGUCGCUGCCACAGUCCAGUCAUAUCCUGAUCAUCCAGACAGAUUUGAUGUGUAUCAUCAGGUGUUGUGUAGAGAGAGUGUGUGUGGACGCUGUUACUGGGAGAUUGAGUGGAGAGGAGACAGAGGUGUGCAUAUAUCAGUGUCAUAUCAGAGCAUCAGCAGGAAGGGACGGGGUGAUGAGUGUAGGUUCGGAUCUAAUGAUCAGUCCUGGAGUUUGUACUGCUCUCCCUCCAUUUACUCAUUCAAACACAAUAACAUAGAGUCUGUUCUCUCUGUAGAGUCCAUCAGCAGUAGAAUAGGAGUGUUUGUGGAUCACAGUGCAGGAACUCUGUCCUUCUACAGCGUCUCUGACACAAUGAGCCUCAUCCACACAGUCCAGACCACAUUCACUCAGCAGCUCUAUCCUGGGAUUCGUAUUCAUAGAAGUUCUUCAUUGAAACUCAUCAGUGUGGAUGAAUCAGAAUAGACAGUAGAGAGUUUCUAUCCAUAAUACUUUGAGCUGCAUGAUAAAUCAGUAACAGUAAGAUAUUAUGAAUAAAUGAAUAUAUUUAUUGUCAUUGUUAGAGAUUGACCGAUGUAUUGAUUUACCGAUAUUUUCCCCGAUAUUUAAGCAUUUUACCAUAAUUGUAAUAUCGGUUUUGUAAUAUCGGAUUCCACGAUAAACGCUGCCAACUUGUGGGUAUUUUGAGAAUUGCAUGCUGGAUUGCCAUUGCAGCGUGUAUGGGGGGGGAUGAGACAACAACAACAGCGUGCAGGUACUUGAUUUGCUGUUGUUAGUAAACUUAAUUUAAAAUAACAGCCAGUUAUGCACAAAUUUAAUUUGAAUUUAAUUUUUUUCUCUUUUGUAAAUUUGCUCCAUCAUUAGUCUGUUGAAGCCGCUUUCAUGUUGCUGUUCAGUCAGCGGGCUGAUGUGGUUGAUGCUUAGGAAAUGCUCCAUCAUGUAGCUUUUAACAAGAUUCACUUGUUUAAAACACCCUAAAUUGUAUUAACAUUUACUAUAUAACCAUUA